GUGAUCACUCGUGUCCCGCGGCGCCUUCUGCCCUGUGGGAGCCCCGCCUUCGCCCUGCGGCUGACUCGCCCCUGCUGCCCGGGACGCUCGUGUGGCUGGUGUCAGCGCGCGGCGCAGGCCGCUCCGCCCUGCGGACGGGUCUGUUGGUCUACAUGUUGCUGAAUGGACAGUUCCCAAGAGCAGGGAGUCUGCCCCUGAGAGCUAACAAUCCAUGAACCGAGCAAAUACAAUGCUACUGAGCAACAGAUAUACAACACCGUGCAUAUAGACUUCUGCUUCUGACACCGUCACAGAACCCUGAAUACCUACCUUGUGUCAUGGCUGUAUAGAAGACCUCCAGCUGACAUUAUUAAUGGACUCCAAUGAACAUCCUUUUGGAGUCCACUGACUUUUAUAUCAGGGAUGCAUGCUGUCAUGGACAACAUGAAAGGGUAGUGCUGAAGGUUAUACAUUGACAACAAAAUUUUUGAUACUACUGCAGGCUGGUGAUCUAACAUGGAAAAUAGUUAAUUUAGUUUUUGGCUCAAUUUAACUUCCAGAUAACUGCCUUUUUUAAUUCAGUGGCCCUAAGGAAACUACUUGAUUUUAGAUUUUUAAUGACAGUGUUGUCUUAAGAUGACAAAUUAGAAUGAGUAAAAGCAAAUUGGUUUCCUUCUGGAAAAAUUUUCUCUGUUGACCAUGUUUAACCAUUCUGUUUUAUUCAGCUAUUUUUUUUUAAACAUCCCCCAAAGAGUUAAUGCACCUUAUAUAGGACACCUGACCUUUUGCAGCUUCAUAAUUCAUAUCUAGAUGUCACCGGUGUUUCCCAUGUUAACAGUUCUCAGCAUGUUUUACUAUAUCUGCCUUCGGCGCCGAGCCAGGACAGCUACAAGGGGAGAAAUGAUGAACAGCCGGAGAGCUAUUGAAUCCAACAGCCGAGCCUUACCUAUCAAUGUUGAAGUAGUCCAGUAUGCCAAAGAAGUGUUGGAUUUCAGUUCUCAUUACGGUAGUGAAAACAGCAUGUCCUACACAAUGUGGAAUUUGGCAGGUAUUCCAAAUGUGUACCCCAGUUCUGGUGACUUCACUCAGACUGCUGUGUUUCGAACUUAUGGAACUUGGUGGGAUCAGUGUCCUAGUGCCCAGUUGCCAUUCAAGAGGACUCCACCUAACUUCUAUAGCCAGGACUACGUAGAGCUUGCUUUUGAGGAGCCAGUUUAUCCCACAGCAGUGCAUGUUCUGGAAACAUAUCACCCUGGGGCUGUAAUUAGGAUUUUGGCUUGUUCUGCAAAUCCCUAUUCCCAAAAUACACCAGCUGAAGUAAGGUGGGAAAUCCUUUGGUCAGAAGCACCUACCAAGGUGAAUUCUCCUCAGGCUCGCCAGUUCACACCUUGUAUUAAACAGAUUGACUUUCCCACAAAUCUAAUUCGAUUGGAAGUAAAUAGUUCCCUUCAGGACUAUUACGCUGAAUUAGAUGCAGUAGUACUACAUGGUGUGAAAGAGAGACCUGUACUUUCGCUUAAGACUUCGAUGAUAGAUAUGAAUGAUUUGGAUGAAGAUGAUGAUGAAGAAAAGAAUGGCUGUGAAAUGGAUAGUCUUAAUAAACAAUUCAGUGUUGCAGCCCUCAGGGAAUGGACAACUAAUGGGUAUUUUGAUAAACUGCCUUAUGAGCUCAUUCAGUUGAUUUUGAGUCACCUUACAGUACCAGACCUGUGUAGACUAGCACAGACUUGUAAGCUACUAUAUCAGCAUUGCUGUGAUCCUCUACAAUACAUUCACCUCAGUUUACAACCCUACUGGGCAAGGAUAAAUGACACAUCUCUGGAAUACCUACUGUCUCGCUGCACUCUCAUCCAGUGGCUGAAUUUAUCUUGGACAGGAAACAGGGGAGCCAUAUCUGUUUCUGGAUUUAGCAGGUUCCUGAAAGUUUGUGGCUCUGAACUAGUGCGCCUUGAGUUGGCUUGUGGCCAUUUUCUCAAUGAGACUUGCUUGGAGGUCAUUGCUGAGAUGUGUCCAAACCUUCAGGAAUUAAAUCUCUCCUCCUGUGAUAAGCUACCACCUCAGGCUUUCAACCACAUUGCCAAAGUGUGCAGUCUUAAGCGUCUCAUCCUUUAUCGAACAAAAGUAGAGCAAACAGCACUGCUCAGCAUUCUGAACUUCUGUUCAGAGCUUCAGCACCUCAGCCUUGGUAGCUGUGUCAUGAUUGAAGACUAUGACCUGAUAGCGAGUAUGAUGGGAGCAAAGUGCAAAAAACUGCGUACUCUGGAUUUGUGGAGAUGUAAAAACAUUACUGAAAAUGGAAUAGCAGAACUGGCUUCGGGAUGUCAGCUCUUGGAGGAGCUUGAUCUUGGCUGGUGCCCUACGCUACAAAGCAGUACUGGCUGCUUCACAAGCCUUGCGCGUAAGCUCCCAAACUUGCAAAAGCUCUUUCUUACAGCCAAUAGGUCUGUGUGUGACACGGACAUUGAAGAACUUGCCGCUAACUGUACUCAUCUUCGGCAGUUGGACAUACUGGGGACAAGGAUGGUAGGCCCUGCAUCUUUAAGAAAAUUGCUGGAGUCUUGUAAAGAUCUUUCUUUACUUGAUGUGUCCUUCUGUUCACAAAUUGAUAAUAGAGUUGUCCUAGAACUGAAUGCCAGCUUUCCUAAUGUGUUCAUAAAAAAGAGUUUCACUCAGUGACUCACUACGUAUGCCGCUAUGGAAUUCAUUUGACAGUGUUGUUUCCUGUGAAUUUGUGAUUACAUUUUUCUUCAAAAAAGAAAUUAAAAUCUUCCAUAAAAUGGAGGGAAAAUGUUAACGAUAUUCAUGAAAUGAGUACAUACUAUGUAUUUGGUGGGGAGCUCUUAUUCUCCUGUACCUAGUAAUUGUUUUCCCUUUGUUAAUUGAUGGCACUGCAUGUGUUUAAAUAGCCACAUAUGUGGCCUAAAUUAGAGAAGAUGAAAAAAACAUAUUCUUGAUGCCCUUUUAAAGAAAAUUUUAUACAAUAAGAUACAUUAAAAUCCAGGGGAAAGUGAAGUUCUAACAUUUAGCAAUAGAGAAAUGAUGGGAGUUUCUCUGUCUUAUAGGUUGUAGUGUUUUAGUUUUGGCCUGUGGCAUAAGACCUUGUGAUCUGGUGUGUAAUGUGCUGUUUGAAAAAUUGUUUAAGCUAGUGUAAGAUCAGACUAGUCUGAAAAGCCACUUUUUUCUCUCCUUUUGUUGACAGUGACUGGUAUCUAUUUUAAAACUCUGAUGUGUCUGCUAAGAGUUUUUUUUCCCCUUCAAAUGGAUGAAAUGUGGCAAUGUUUUACAGUCCAGCUUAAAUGACACAACAGAUAAAUACAAAAACCCACCAUAUGAGUUUAUAGCAGAAACUAAAAAGAAAGAAAAUUACCUGUUUCCUCCUGUACUGGAUAUAAAAUUUGUGUCAGAUACUUCUUGUCAUAACUGAUAACACAUAGAAAACCCAAAAGCAUUUUUCUUUUCAAAUUUCUGUUAUGUCAAGGUGUGUUGACUUGUGGUACAUCUGCCUUUCAUAUGAAGUACAAUAAUAGUGUUAUUCAGGAUAAUGAAACUCUUCCUUAGUUGGAUACAUACCUACUAUCAAGUUUAAAAACAAAUAUUUGGUGUUCAGUAAAAUCAUGAUGAAAAUGUUGAGUUUGUAAACCAAAGGCAAUGUGAUUUGGCUACGUCAGGGGUAGGCAACCUAUUGAACGCGUGCCGAAGGCGGCACGCGAGCUGAUUUUUCAGUGGUACUAACA